GCAUCAAAUCAACAAUCCAGAUUCACUUCAUCUUCUAUCUAUCUACAUCAACAGUGGUCGAGCAGAGAGGGAGCCACUCGAUCUUAUCUGCAAGACAAAAUGGCGACACUGAUUAGAUCAGCAUACCAACACCAAUACGGAACAACGAAAGCACCCGAAGAAGAAUCUUUCUUAAUCCAGAGGCAUAUUCCUUGAAAUUCGAUCAACCAACCCAACUCCUGGUUUCCUCUCUCUCGCCUCGCGUCUAUCCGGCAGACAACUUGUCUCUGUCUUGGUCGGAAAUCGGAAUCUGAGCAGUACGCUGAAUUUUUUUAUCGAUCGCAACAUAUUCAGACCGUUGCUUUCAGACAAAUUCGCGACCUAGCUAAAUUGAUCUCAAAUGUUGGGGUUCUAUUUCUCUACCUGAAUUCAGGAGAGAGAGAGGAGAGGGUUUUUAUAAAACGACGGCGUAUCCGCAAAUGCUUGAAACGGCGUCGUGCCCACGCGGCUUAGGAGAACUCAGGGGCCUCCAAUGGCGCAUACAGAUGGAGAUAUUGCCGCCGUCUCCUCCGGCAUCCGUCGACGAUCUCCGCCACGUGACCGCCGAUUCUCGGAGAAGGUAUGCUGCCUUAAGAAGACAUCUUCUCGUCGAUCCACAUGUGUCCAAAGAUAGAGCUCAUUCACCCGACAAUGUCAUGGACAAUCCACUCUCCCAAAACCCGGAUAGUAUGUGGGGACAGUUCUUUAGAAAUGCCGAGCUGGAGAGAAUGGUCGAUCAAGAUUUGACGCGGCUGUACCCUGAAAGAAGCAGUUUUUUCCAGACAAAUAGAUGCCAAGGCAUGUUGAGACGAAUCUUACAACUAUGGUGCCUUAGACACCCGGAGCACGGCUACAGACAGGGUAUGCAUGAACUAUUGGCUCCCCUGUUAUACGUUCUUCAAUUCGACGUGCAACGCCUGUCAGAAUUGAGGAAAACUUACAACAGAUAUGGUUCUGAUAAAUUCGAUGGCUUUUCGUUCCACGAAAAUGACUUGCCAUACAAGUUCGAUUUCAAGAAAUUCUCAGGAACUUCGAAUGGAAGCGAUGUAUUCGAAAACAGCCUGUCAAAAGCCAACAGCAUCGGCCAGCUUGAUCCUGAGGUACAAAUGAUUGUAUCACUAAGUGACGCCUAUGGAGCCGAAGGUGAGCUCGGCAUCGUAAUAUCAGAAAAAUUCAUGGAACACGAUGCUUAUUGUAUGUUCGAUGCCUUAAUGACUGGAGCUGGAGGGGCUGUUUCCAUGGCAGAGCUUUUCGCCCCAUCUUUGCCUGGGAAUUCUCACCUCGGAUUCCCCCCGGUAAUUGAAGCUUCUGCUGCUCUUUACCAUUUACUUUCCAUUGUAGAUUCCUCUCUUCACAGUCACCUUGUUGAACUCGGAGUCGAGCCCCAGUAUUUUGCACUUCGUUGGCUACGGGUACUGUUUGGCCGUGAAUUUACUCUAGAAGACCUUCUGGCAAUCUGGGAUGAAAUUUUUGCUUACAAAAAUGCAAAGUCUAUCAAAGAAGUCGGAUCCGAGUCCAGUUAUGGAAUUCUGGAGUCACCUCGGGGCACAUUUAUAGUUGCGUUUGCAGUUGCGAUGAUGCACAGUUUGAGGUCUUCAUUGUUCGCCACCGAGAAUGCGACUACCUGUCUCCAGAGACUGCUGAAUUUUCCCUGUGACGUAGAGGUUCGAAGCCUGUUAGAAAAGGCAAGAUCAUUGCAAUCUCUGGCAUUCUCAAAUCCGAAACCGAUGCCAUUCCAGAUGGGCAGUAGAAGGAAUUCGUCCGUUGCAAGAGCACAUAGUCUUUCAAUCGAUCUGAGUUCUCCAGGUAGCGUUCCAUGUGCAGUGCCGAAUAGCUAUUGGGAACAGAAAUGGAGAUUUCUACACAAGGAGCCCGAGACCGAGAGCAUUCCAAACCGUCAAAAUGGUUGGUCCGAGAAACCUGAAACAUGUCUCUACAGAACUGAAUCCGAUCCCUUGCCUUCUAAGCAGAUUAAGAGAGCCAAUUUUCGGAGACCGGGUGUGCAGAGAAGCUUGUUGAAGGACCUGGCGCGACAGCUCGGUGCAGAUGAAGAUGACUAUGAAGACAAAGAAGAUGCAAUAUCCGAUGAAAUUGAGGUUAAUGUAGAUACCUUAAAUGAGAUCGAGGAAAGCAUUUCUACUGGCUCCGGAGGCAAUGAAGACCUUGUUUCUUCAGUCCCGACUGUUACUACAGACGAGCCUGACAAAGAAAAUGAAUCGGGAAGAAGUAGUAGUUGCAGUGUUGCAUCAACGAAUGAAAAGGAUGCCGAGUCUUGCGAGGCUAGGAAACCCGAUUCAAUGGAGAAAAGCUCGAUUGUUAAACAAGCAACAGCCACUGUAAAGGAGAAGAAACCUUUUCUUGGUGUGUUUCAAUGGAUGUUGAAGAUGGGAAGGAAUGGUAGCGAAGGAACGUCGUCUGCAGAGGAAAGUCGUGGCGUCGACGAGGCAAUUAAUCGGCUUAAUGUUGGUGAUGAUGAUGUUUCAUUUGAUGCUGGUGACAAUACUCGCGCUGCUGACAAAGGCGACGCCAAUUUGAUGGGUGGCUUCAAGAAUCUCGGCAACUCUAUGCUCGAGAACAUCCAGGUGAUUGAGUCUGUGUUCUACCAGCAGGAUUGGGUGCAGAUAGGAUCGAUGGAAAACUUAUCCAAGAAUGGUCUUGUCGGAAAAGGACAGGUCACGGCGACGGCUACGGCCGCGCUGAAAGAGCUUAGGAAGAUCAGUAAUCUUCUGUCGGAAUGCGAUUGAAGAUAGACGGAGACAUUUUGAGUGAAGUAAGCGCGUGUGUGUUCCUACUGUGUAAAUAUUUGAUCAACUAAUAUUUGAACAUCGUGUAAUGUAAUAUAGAUUUUCAAUCCGACGAUUCCUGCAGCAUGGCGAAUCUUGUAAUGUUUUGCUUAGCUAGUAAGUUGCACGACACACCGUUCUAAGUUUCAA